AAGAAUUUCCGUUCCUAAUAUGCGCUCGGCAAGUGAUGACGUUUGGUCAAAAGCUGCGUUGCUACCAGCUGUUCGCACAGCCGUCGCACCGAGAUUGAAACGAUAGAUGGUUACAUUGUGUAUUUGGUGUAAUUGCGGAUACCCAUGGCACACUUUGACCAAUGCAAACAGCUGCGCAAUUACUCCAGAAUAAGGGCGACUUAACGGGAGGAUUGGCACUGCUCCCCUGAAAUAUCGGAUCCGUCGGCGAUAUAAAUUAUAUAACGAGUCGAGAAGACUGAACACUGAAAUCUGGGAAUUGUUGCUGUUUUAGCAGAAAAAACAGCUGUAGUCCAAAGUUUAUAGUUUUCUUCCCGGUUUUCAGGCCUCUUCUUCGUGUGCGUGCUGGCAGGUGGGCCGAGGGGCACGGCGGCAGCAUGAACGUGGGCACGGCGCACAGCGAGGUCAACCCCAACACCCGAGUGAUGAAUAGCAGGGGAAUCUGGCUGUCCUACGUCCUCGGCAUUGGCCUGCUGCACGUCGUGCUGCUCAGUAUCCCCUUCGUCAGCGUGCCCGUGGUGUGGACGCUCACCAACAUCAUACACAACAUGUGCAUGUACAUCUUCCUGCAUACGGUGAAAGGCACCCCCUUUGAGACCCCAGACCAGGGCAAAGCUCGCCUUCUCACGCACUGGGAGCAGAUGGACUACGGCGUGCAGUUUACUGCCUCGCGCAAGUUCCUCACCAUCACGCCAAUCGUACUGUACUUUCUUACAAGCUUCUACACAAAGUAUGACCGCGUCCACUUUGUCAUCAACACCGUCUCCCUGCUCACUGUGCUCAUUCCCAAACUUCCUCAGCUGCAUGGGGUCCGAAUCUUUGGGAUUAACAAGUACUGAUUUUUGGCAGAAAUGAUCUCCCUCCCUGGUGCGGUUGUCCAGCUCUGCUCUGUGGAAUCUGUGGAUUGCAGCCAAGGGCGUUCCAUGUUUCUCUGCGACUCUGAAGGGCCUGUGACAUCAGGAAUUGCUCAACCUCAGUGCGAGGCUCUUUUUCCCAAAGCUCUAGUGAAUGAAGUUCAAGUGUGGCAGAAAGUGACGCUAGAUGGCAGUGGCAAUAUGGUGUGGCUCGUCCAAAUUAAAGGUUUCUCUUUUGUUUGUUGACAUUUGAGCUACUUCUGAGAAAGAGCUUGACGCCCUUUGAGGUACUGAGGAUGGACGCUUCCGUUUGCUUGCUCAGUCUGCAUAGAGUAAGCUGGGAUACCGUUUCUUCUAAAUGUGAAACUUGGUGACAAUCGAUGUAGAAUGUCUUCCUUUCGUGGUCGUCCCACCAAGGAGCUCCGUCCGUGGCUCUGUUGACCUUCUCUACUUCAGCGGUUCCCUCUUGAGGACCUUAAGCUUCAGUUGGCCUACCGACAGUCCCUGUGUAUCUCUUGUGUGUGUGGGCAGCUGAGCAACUCUGGGUUUCGUGUGAAGUGUGGCUUCACAAUAUGAUACAGGGUUUAAAAAAAAUAUAUAAAAAAUUCACUUGGCCUUAGCAGUGCUAGGUGGCAGGUACUUUCUGUUGAGUUAAGGGACGUGUUACGGGUCAGAUGAAUUUAGCAGAGUCAGAAAGGGGCGACUCGACUGGUUUCUUAGUAAAGGUCCCAGCUUUUUGCUCAGAUCAGACCUUCGUUUUGUUGCUUUUAAUAAUAAAUGCCCUGACCUGAAGCCCUCUACAGUGCCACAGUAUUGAUCACCAAGAAUGAUUUGUUUAAAGAACAUUAGCUGAAAUGUGUGUUGUAUUUAGGGAGGCCUGCUUUAAGAAAAUCCUGCAAUGUUAUACCUUCAUACCAGUGGUAACAGUAGAUGCUAUAAUGGGCUAUAAUAGGCGUUAAGGAAUGUAGAGUCCGCAGGGUCUUCGAGUCGCCAUUAACGUUUAAACUGUCAAAGCUUCCGCACACUAGCUGAAACCAGGAAGCAUGGUGUAUAGGUUCCGUGAAAGCGGGGGGGGGGGGGGGUUUCUAGAGCAGUGUGUGCAGAUGAGCAGGCUGGAGCCCCUGGACACACAGCCUGAAUGGGCAGAGAUGGUGAUGGAUGGUGAUGUAUUUGCAGUGUAAUCCAUAUCCCUGCAGUGUUCAUGAUUAUUCAUGGAUAAGGUGGUGUGCCCUUUAAAGUGACAAAGCCAUGUAAUGGAAGAUGGAGCAGAAACUGACUAGCUCUUGGACUGCGUUUGGCUAACCAGUGCAUUUUUUUUGGGGGGGGGGGGGCUCAAUAAUGCGUGUUUGAGAGUCACUUCGCAAAGGCCCUUCUUGCUGAUGGCGGAGCUUGUAUUUAUUCUGCGUUUUUCAAUGUACCCUUCACCCGAAGUACCUGGUCAUGUUAGUCUGGGCGUCGCUACACCACUCUUUGUAAUGUUUAAGGAAAACUAGUGCUUCAUAGUGGGGAAAAAUAUUAACUGAUUAGGUGUAGUUGCAUUUUUGUUUCAGGAACCAUUCCCAGUGAAAUGUUUUUCUUUUUUUUUUCUUUUAAGUGUAGUUCUAAAGCUGUAUGUAGCACUGCAAGGCAAGGCAUGUUCCUGAGCUUAUUUGGUACUUAAAAACCAGGUACUGAUACGUCAGUGGUGCUGGUUCCCGCCUGGGGGAGUGCUCUCUGUGUGACAGCACAGCUGGCCUGCCAAGGGGAUCUAGUCUCUGAGACCCCCAUCGUGUCUCCUGGCUCCAGGUAGCAUAGUGAGAAGCACAGGCUUGGUUUAGGCUUUGCCCCAAGGCCUCACACGCUUUCGGAAACACUGGCCUUGUGCAACUAGGUAGACUCUCAAAGCAUAUUAGGUUCUUUUAAUUUUUCUUCUCGAGAAUGCAGGGACGCUGUGAAUUUUAUAGGAUGGGUGGUGAUGACUGUGGGCUGCUUUUUUAAUAUUUCUUCAUUUUAAUUCACUUUUUCAUUCAAGCAAUAGAGCAUAAUGUUUGCAGUUGACUGUGUUCCACAUUAGAUCUGUAGAAGAUUUGUUCUGUACUGGAUUUGAUGUAGGUUUGGGUGGACCAAAUCUGCAGAAUUGCAUGGACAGCUUGUGUUAAGGUACAGGAUACAUUUAUGUUGCACGCUUUUGGUUACUUCUAUUAGGCAGAUGAAACUGGUUUAAUGUUUGCAGUUUAGAGACCACAAGCAGCCAGUUCUCCACCUUCCACAAACCCGGCUAACAGUUCUGUUACCUUUUCACCCUCACAGCAAUGUGAUUUCGUGAGCCGUUAUCGGAUUCUGCAGCUUGUUAAACAUUAAAUGGAUGAAAGUGCAACUGUGGGUAGAGUCGGAUUCCAAGGAUUAAAUGACGGAUGGGUGAACGUCACGUCCUGUGGUCGUCUAUGUGCCAGUCCCUGUACAGUUUCCAUCUACACACUGCGACUUUGCAGGCCCACAAUUUCAGUAUGCAAAGGAAUAUACUGUCUCUCUUUGUUUUUAAUUUGGUAUGAAUUCAGGUACUAAGUGUAGCAACUGAUUAGAAUAUUUUGUCUUAAAUUUGGGGAAAAGGUGUCUCAUUCAGUCCAUGUCAUGUCAAAAGUAAUCUGGUACUUCAAACAUGGCACGCAACUGCCUGGAAGGUGAGCUGUAGGACUUUUUACUUUGUCACUGCAAAGGUUAUGUUUAACUUUCCGUUAUUUGAGUACCAGCUGCUUCCGGCUCUUCAUUAGUGCAUAUUCAAGAGGAUGUGAGCACUAGCCUGAACAGCUUUGAUUGGCCUGUUUUGGUCGGGUAGUGUCAGGAAGCCAUGGGGAUUCCCUCACGCUCUCUCAGCAUUGCAUGCGAGCAGUGUGAAGCAGCACAUUACGAGCGAUGAUUUGCUGUAACAGAAAGGUGUUAGAUUUCCUGUUUUUUGUUAAAAGGGCUUCUUUUAUUGUGUAGCCCGUACUUUUUGUCUUUUUUUGCUGCUCUGCCUACUAAGGGUGGAGUGAAGACACAGACAGUGAUGCAAACUUUAAACCUUCCUUGUUAGAUCUGAAAAUGCAGUAUUAUAAUGGUUCAUUUUUUUUUUAUCUUAGAAAAGUUGAUAUGUGGAGGUACUCAGAUCAUGCAAUGAGAAAUGUGUCCUGUUUUAAAUGAGCAAAGCUACAUCGUCUGAAAUGAUAAGUACUAUGAGUAUUGGAUGGGCUGUAGGAAAUGGCAGCAUAUAUGUCCUUUACAGAUGUAGUAGAUUUGAAUGUGUAGCACAGUGAUAUUUGGUGGCGGCCAGUGUGAGUGCCACUGCAUCGAUGGCGUUUUUGUCCUGCAGUGUUAUUUUUGUUAUUGAUACUAAAGUCUGACUUGGUCGAUCACACCUGAUUUCAGCGAGGGUGCGAUGGCAGAAAUGCACGACGUACAGACAAAAUUUGGAACAAGGCCUGCAUCUGAACUGAAAAUGACUAACUGAUUCUACCAAUCAUGUAAGAGAAAAUAUUAUUCAAUGGAGGAAUGGAAAGCGGAAUAUUUCUUUUGAAGUGCGGUGUUUUGGUAACUGCCUUCAUACAUUGUAUUUACAGACUCAUUGAUAAAUAUGUUGGCUCUAUAGUCAAAUUAGAUCAUCAGAGGCAAAACAUUUCUCUUCGAGUUGAAGAACAAAGACCUGCUGCCUUUAUUGGUAAAUUGACUUUGUUGGGUUAUAGGUACUCUGGAUAUUAGAAUGAAAUUUCAUUUUAUUGUUCCAAGACUUUAAGACAACCAUGGGAGGGGGGGAUCUGAAUAAGUGCAUUAAAUGUAACUGAACAAAAUUAAAGACAUGUAUUGUUGGACAUAAUUGAUCAAAAUCAUUCAACAAAACCCUUAUUUCUAGGUGGUGGAGUGAAAAAACAUUUUGGACUUUUGCAAACAUGCACAUACAAAAUAAACAGCAGUCGCUGCUUCUGGUUUGUUUCAAAGCGGGAUGUUUAUCUUGUCGCGUUUGCUGUCAUCCUUGCAGAAUUAGUAUGCUGUUAAAACAAAGCUAUUAAAAUAAAGGCUUUAGGGUCUUCUGUAGAAUGGUCACUGACUAAAACAGUUUUCCAGAUGGUAUACUUUCUUAAGCAUAAAGUUUGAAAAUAUUUUUAUUACUCCUUUGUACAGUAUUAAAUUACAAUAAAGUUCAGUAUUAUGUAAA